AUGGCUUUCUGUGUAUAUUGCGGGAAGUGUUUCACACGAAAAGAACAUUUGGAAAGACAUCUUGUUUCCCAUACCAACAUCACGCCACAUCGAUGUUUAUCUUGCCAUUUACCGUUCUCUAGAAGGUUGGACUUACUGAAGCGCCACUGUGCGGCAUACCAUGGCCAGACGCUCACGGAUUCUAUCGAAGCCACCUCCACCGUGAAGGCACGUACCGCUAUAGCUUGCAAGUCUUGCGCAAAAGCAAAAACGGGCUGCGAUAAAAAGGUACCAUGCUCCCGCUGUGUCACGAAGCAGAUACAAUGCGAGCCUCGAUAUCUCCGCCGUGGUAUGGGAGGAAACAAGAACCAACAACCAACAACGCCCCCAAAAGAUGGCGAUAACACAAACAACAACAGCAGCAAUGAAUCAGGAUCUCCAAAAGAAUCAGCUCCUGAUACUCUCAAGGAGGCGGAAGUUUUCGACUCGACAGAAUUCUUCGGCUCAAGCCCUACAAAGAAUGAGUCUUCGGUACAAGAACAAAUGGAAAUCAGUUUCGUUGAACCGCUUCAAAAGUUCUCCAAUGACUUCCAAGGAGAUAUCAAUAUCCUGGACGCUGAAGCCCAGAUUUCAGAGUUCACAUCAUGGAACGACUUCGCUUUCGACCAAGAAAUGUACUCGACGGACAACAUCCUUCCUGGUAAUGAUCUCGACUCUUAUAAUCUUUCAGACCAAAUGGAAACAAUCAAAACCCCAGCGUCGAAUUUAGUCACGCCAGCUUUGACGAUUUGUACGUCGCCAUCUAUCAAUAAGACCAGCUUUCUCCAAGAAGUCAGCCCAAACCAAGCAAGACUUUCGAUAAACAAUGCGAACUUCAUCGAUCGCUGGAGCCCACACGAUUUUCAAGUCAUCAUUGCAGCUGAAGACGCAUGGCCGAUCGCAUGCUGCAACGCUCAGAUAUUCUCAGGCGUCUGUCCGCGGACAGCCAGCUUCCAUCUCAAAAGCCUUCAGCAGGUAUGCGAUAACGAAAAUGUCUGGACGUCAUUCGAUACAUCAUUCAGUCAGAUGGAUGCAAAUGAUGUGGAAAUUGUGCCUUUGAGUCCCGGCACCAGAGAGAAGAUCGUCGCCAUCACGCAAAGUUUCUUACAUAAGGUGCUAGCUACGCAGAUGGGCGAACUUCACGGUCGCUCGGGCCAAUCUGAACCCAGCCGGUUUCUGAUUUUACCACCCCCAAAUAUCCUGGAAAGCUUUAUCUCAAACUACUCUAGGAACUUGGCAGUAUAUUUCAGUUUGCUUCCUGGUGGGCGUCUGAACAUCAACGAGUUGAUGGUCGAUAGCCAGUCGUCGACUUUGUUGGUCAUAUUGAUGAUUGCGCAAGGUUCGACGUCAGUGUCAUCUGCUGAAGCAAAGUAUCUUGCUAUGGGAUUGACAGAAAUCUGCCGUCUUUCACUUUUUGAGGCUAUCGAUAGGAAUACAGGCCUCUCGGCGGACUUUGUCAUGUUGCAUUGUGCUUUCUUAUUUGUUUUACUUGGAGCUUGGGGUGGAGACAAAUGGCACAUGAAUGUUGCUGUUGGACAUACACCGAUGUUGAUUUUGAUGCUCAAGUAUGCUGGUAUGCUUGAGCCUCAGCGGUUCAUGAUCUCAUUCUCGUCAGCUCCGGGUCUGGAACUUGACUGGAGAGCAUGGCAAGAAUACGAAAGCAGAAAUCGUCUUGUGUACAACUGGGUGUCUGUAGACCAAGAACUGAGUCUUUUCCACGACACAUAUCCGAUACUAGCGACCAUGGAUAUCGAAACACCUCUCCCAGAUUCAGAGCACUUAUGGGUUGCCAACAAUGCCGAUGAUUGGUUCAAAGCAUUCACAGAAUCUCACAGUUACGACAUGGAUCAUGUUGCCUCGGCGUCACUCUCUACUAGACCCUUGCCCUCACUCCAUGCACUCUUCCAACUUUUCAGCAGUGGUAACUUGGCGUAUCAACAAGUCCAACCAUCUCCACUCUACCUCAAGCUACUUCUGCACCCACUCCAUGCUCUCACUUGCCAUCUUCGACAUGCACUGGCAUGUGACGCCGAAGUCGCACGAUUAGGACGAGAGUCAAGAGCAAUAUCUAGAGCUAUCACACUUAUGAAGAUCGAAGAGCUUGAAUCUUUACUACAAAAAUGGUACGAUCUCAAUGCAGCACAAGAACAUUCCGAUCCUUCAAACCCUGUCACCCAAGGGAACUACAUAUUGUUUCAUCUCAUCAGCCUCAAUACUGUCACGUCGAUGCCCGAGAUCGAGAAAUUUGCUCGGAGUGGUCCCUUCGAUGAGUUGUCUGGCGAAUUUAUGUUGCGUUACAACAAAUGUGUUUAUCAAACCACCGAGGCUCUUUACCAUGCUGGUCAAGUGUUGAGAGUUUUGCAAAUUAUGCCAAAGAUUAGCAGGCCUCCUUGGUGGCCAGCUGCUUUGUACCGUGCUACGAUCAUAUUGUGGAUAGAGAGUAUGAGAAGAUCUAGAGAUGUCUCUGCCUUACAUGGGCGAAUUGGACCUUUGCGGGCUAUCAAUUCGUCGUUUCCGAAUCAGCACCAAGGAAAGGGUCACUCGUGGAAUGUGGAUGAAGUCCUUGUUUUGUCUAGAAGUGAUGGGACGAAUACUUUCCUAGAUAGUCCGAAGGAGGUGCUUGGGCAUUGCGUUGGGUUUCUUGACGAUCCACUUGCUACUGGCAUUGCGAAUGGGAUUAGGAGGAAGUUGGAGACGCUGGCGAGGAAUUGGCAUGGCGAAAUCUAG